CGGAGGGCCGGACAUAUAUGCAUGCGUGGUCCAUAUAUGCAUGGACUCCCAAUGCUACAAAAAAUGCAAUCCCACUGCAUAAGUACUGAGCUGCAGGCGGAGUGCUUAUACUAACAAAGCAAGGGUCACAUACCUCUCUCUCGCCAUGGCUUGCGGGAAGGCGUUCUCCACGCUGUUCGCUCUGGCCGCCACGGCCGUGGUCUUGUUGGCGGCGCCGGCGCGGCCGGUGUCGGGGGCGUCGGCGCACCUGCACUUCUACAUGCACGACGUGCUGGGCGACACGGCGGUGCAGGUGGUGCGCGGCCCGCGGGGCAUGUUCGGCAACACGGUGGUGAUCGACGACGUGCUGACGGAAGGCACGGCGUCGUCCACCGUGGUGGGCCGGGCGCAGGGGCAGUACAUCUGCGCGUCCGUGCAGAGCAUGGAGCUCAUGGUGACCAUGAACGUGGUGCUCACGUCGGGGCCCUACGCGGGCAGCUCCGUCACGGUGCUCGGGCGCGAUGAUACGGGCGCGGCGGUGAGGGAGCUCGUGGUGGUCGGCGGCACGGGCCAGUUCCGGAUGGCCCGCGGGUACGUGCUGUGGAAGACCGUCCGGCCUGACCUGCUCGAGCUCGACGUCUACGUCAACCCGUGAGCCAGGCCAUAUGCAUGCAUUCGCCUGAGUCAGUGGCGUGGGCAAUAAGUCAGGCGCGUGCGUGAACACGUAGGCGCCUGUAUUCCCUUCCACACGUGUUGUGUCCUGUGGAGUGAAUAGUGAUAUGCGAGUAUGAGAGUGAUUCUGAAAGUUUGUCUACGUGUGUGGGAUUUUGUGAAUGCAGCUGGUAAUUGUGGCUCGUUUGUUUGUCCAUUUUCUAUGGAACAAUAAAUCAGGGUUGUUCUUCACAAUUCACCUUC